GGCUGGCGGCCGUGCAGUGCCGGGAGGACGGCGAGGCAGCCUGCAAAAUGCUGCGCGCUGCACUGCCUUUGCUCUUGCUAGCCCUGUCUGGGGCGGUGGCGGCCGAAGAGCCCACCCAAGAGCCUGGGGCUCUGGGUGAGCCUUCCCCGGGAUUGGCGCUCUUCCGGUGGCAGUGGCACGAGGUGGAGGCACCCUACCUGGUGGCCCUCUGGAUCUUGGUGGCCAGCCUGGCCAAAAUAGUGUUUCACUUGUCUCGGAAAGUAACAUCUCUGGUCCCUGAGAGCUGCCUGCUGAUUUUGCUGGGCCUGGUGCUAGGGGGCAUUGUUUUAGCUGUGGCCAAGAAAGCUGAGUACCAGCUGGAGCCAGGCACCUUCUUCCUCUUCUUGCUGCCUCCUAUCGUGCUUGACUCAGGCUACUUCAUGCCUAGUCGGCUGUUCUUUGACAACUUGGGUGCCAUCCUCACCUAUGCUGUGGUGGGAACACUCUGGAAUGCCUUCACAACAGGCGCUGCCCUCUGGGGCCUACAACAAGCUGGAUUUGUGGCCUCUAGGGUACAAGCUGGCCUGCUGGACUUCCUGCUCUUUGGGAGCCUCAUCUCAGCAGUGGACCCUGUGGCUGUGCUGGCUGUCUUUGAGGAAGUGCACGUCAAUGAGACUCUCUUUAUCAUCGUCUUUGGCGAGUCCCUGCUCAAUGAUGCAGUCACUGUGGUGCUGUACAAAGUCUGCAACUCCUUUGUGGAGAUGGGGCCUGCCAACGUGCAGGCCACUGACUACCUGAAGGGAGUCGGUCAGUAUUUCCCCCUGUUAGCUGGCAUUGGAAGUCUGCCUCCCCCAGGUUCCUCCCUGUUUGUGGUCAGUCUGGGCGGGGCAGCCGUGGGCUUCGUCUUUGCCUUCCUCCUGGCUCUGACCACACGCUUCACCAAGCGGGUCCGCAUCAUCGAGCCCCUGCUGGUCUUCCUCCUCGCCUACGCAGCCUACCUCACUGCUGAAAUGGCCUCGCUCUCCGCCAUUCUUUCGGUGACCAUGUGCGGCCUGGGCUGUAAGAAGUAUGUGGAGGCCAACAUCUCCCAUAAAUCACGUACAGCUGUCAAAUAUACAAUGAAGACCUUAGCCAGCUGUGCUGAGACUGUCAUCUUCAUGCUGCUUGGCAUCUCAGCUGUGGAUUCAUCUAAAUGGGCCUGGGACUCCGGGCUGGUGCUGGGCACCCUCAUCUUCAUCCUGUUCUUCCGAGCCCUUGGCGUAGUCCUGCAGACGUGGGUGCUGAAUCAGUUCCGGCUGGUCCCUCUGGACAAGAUUGACCAGGUGGUGAUGUCCUAUGGGGGCCUCCGGGGGGCUGUGGCCUUUGCUCUCGUCAUCCUACUGGACAGGACCAAGGUCCCUGCCAAGGACUACUUUGUGGCCACCACUAUUGUGGUAGUCUUCUUCACAGUCAUUGUGCAGGGCUUGACCAUCAAGCCUCUGGUCAAGUGGCUGAAGGUGAAGAGGAGUGAGCAUCACAAACCUACCCUGAACCAGGAGCUGCAUGAGCACACUUUUGACCACAUUCUGGCUGCAGUGGAGGACGUUGUGGGGCACCAUGGCUACCACUACUGGAGGGACAGGUGGGAGCAAUUUGACAAGAAGUACCUGAGUCAACUGCUGAUGCGGCGGUCAGCCUAUCGUAUCCGGGACCAGAUCUGGGAUGUGUACUACAGACUCAACAUCCGGGAUGCCAUCAGCUUUGUGGAUCAGGGAGGCCACGUCUUGUCCUCCACAGGCCUCACUCUGCCCUCUAUGCCCAGCCGCAAUUCUGUGGCAGAGACAUCUGUCACCAACCUGCUGAGGGAAAGUGGCAGUGGAGCAUGUCUGGAUCUACAGGUGAUUGACACGGUACGCAGUGGCCGGGAUCGUGAGGAUGCGGCAAUGCAUCAUCUGCUCUGUGGAGGCCUCUAUAAGCCGCGACGCAGGUACAAAGCCAGCUGCAGCCGCCACUUCAUCUCCGAGGAUGCACAGGAGCGGCAGGACAAGGAGGUAUUUCAGCAGAACAUGAAGCGGCGGCUGGAGUCCUUUAAAUCCACCAAGCACAACAUUUGUUUCACCAAGAGCAAGCCACGAUCCCACAAGGCUGGCCGCAAGAAGAAGGAUGGUGUGGCCAAUGCUGAGGCUAUAAAUGGGAAACCUCCUCGAGACCUGGGCUUUCAAGACACAGCUGCUGUGAUACUAACUGUGGAGUCUGAGGAGGAGGAGGAGGACAGCGAGAGUUCAGAGACAGAGAAGGAAGACGACGAGGGGAUCAUCUUUGUGGCUCGGGCCACCAGUGAGGUUCUCCAAGAGGGCAAAGUCUCAGGAAGCCUUGAGCUGUGCCCGAGUCCACGGGUAAUUCCUCCCUCACCAACUUGUGCAGAGAAGGAGCUACCUUGGAAGAGUGGGCAGGGGGACCUGGCAGUGUACGUGUCUUCAGAAACCACCAAGAUUGUGCCUGUGGACAUGCAGAUGGGCUGGAAUCAAAGCAUCUCAUCCCUGGAGAGCCUAGCAUCCCCUCCCUGUACCCAACCCACCACUCUGACCCACCUGCCUCCCAGACACCUGGUUGCUGAAGAGCCUCAGACCCUUCUUGACCUGUCUUCUGACCCCCGCCCCAGCUUUGCCUUUCCCCCAAGCCUGGCCAAGGCUGGCCGCUCUCGUAGUGAGAGUAGUGCUGACAUCCCCCAGCAGCAGGAGCUGCAGCCCCUCAUGGGCCACAAGGACAACACCCAUCUUAGCCCAGGCACUGCUACCUCCCACUGGUGUAUCAACUUCAACAGAGGGGGAAGGCUGUAGCCCAAGUCUUUGGGAAGGAACGGGAGCCUCUGGAAAGUAUUCCCUGGGCAAUAGGCAUAGUGAUUUCUUUAGCUUGACAUAGGACUAGAGUGGCUUGGACUGAAGUACCAACUAAGCUUCCUUGGGGCUGGUCAAAGGGGUCUCCUGGGCUGGUUCUCACAGGGACCCUUCUUAUAACUUCCCUGCUCCUAACCCUUUUAACCUUCUAUUUCAGUAAUGGCUGAGGAUCCAAUCAAGAGUUCUCAGGGCUAUGCCAAGAUUUGGGUAGCUGAUGUCCCUUCCCCAGGGGAUUUUUCUGGGGUCACCAUAGACAGCUGUUCCUACCUCCACACAAGAAUGUCAUUCCUCAGUGGAUAUUGACCUUCUCUGCUGUCUAUCCCCUCUCCAGCACCAGGUCAAGGAUGAUGCUCUGGCAGUGAAGCUCAGUAGGGGGCUGGUCCUCACAGGGGCUGCAAUGGGAGAUGGAGCAGGCCUCAACCUGUUGGGUCAGCUACCCACAGUCAAUUUUUAGGGUAGUAGGAAUCUCUGCCUCCAUUUCUUGUUUUAGCCCCUUUCCUUUGCUGCCAGGUAUUAGGACAUUGGUUCUUCCUUUUCCAGGACCAGAGCCAGACUUCAGUUCAGGGAUGUGUCUUAGCCAGGGUCCUUCUGGGGAUCUGCUGCUCUGGGUCUAAGUCUGGACCUUUCUGAUCCUUGGAUCUGGGUUUAAGAUGGGAUGCAGUAGUCUAGGUUCCCAUAUCACCACCUCAACAUUCCCCAAACAGGGAAAAGAAUGCAGGAAUCCUAGGGCCAAUGCUCCAUUACUCUGGGGGCUGGGAUACCUAGCUGCAGUGUGUGAAUGUGUGAGUGGCAGGUGGCUUUCCUGGGGUUAGCCCUUGUGUUGUGUUUUGUACUUUGAACCUAAGAUACAUUAAAUAUCUCUCAGAUGGAUAGAGGUGUUUU